UGGUGCAUCUAAGAACAGUGUUCCAAAAUGUUUGUGUUUCUAGCGCUCCUGGCUGUUGUCAGCGCUGCUCCACACUAUGGAUACCACAGCGAUGAAGAAGGCGGCUUAUGGACGCAGCAGAAUAGUGAAAUGGACCUCUUCGGUGGACAAAUGUUCGACGCUCGACAGUUCUGGAGAGAACUUGCAGACGAAAUGCACAGAAUGGACCAAAUGUUGAACGAAUUUUCCAAACAUUUUCCGUCAACAACUUCAAACGAAGGCGUAGAAGAUGACCAGUACGUCGUGACUAUCACUCUAACAGGAUUUGAUGAGAAAGACAUCGCUGUCAAGGCUAGAGAAGGGGUUCUUAUGAUUCAAGCUGUGCAUAGCACAGAAGAUGGCAAUGAAAGAAAUUAUGUCGACCUUAGAACUUUGCCCACUUACGUAAAUGUCAAUGGAACUUGGACGUAUAAUAAGGGUGUCUUAAAGAUAACUUUUCCAUUGAAAGAGAAGCCAACAGAAGAUGACGGUGUCACUGAGGAAGCAAAACCUACGACUGAAGCCACUACUGAAGAAGCUGAGAGGAGUCGGGAAGAAAUGGAGCCAACGACUGGAUAUGAAAACGUGAACGUUGACGUCGGUGUUGAGAGAGGCGAUACCGAUAGAGAGCAGGAACUUCUUACUAACUCAAUAUAUCCUUACAGACCAGUAGAAGCGACAACUUACUCCGUAGAUCUCAAAAACGACGUAGAGUUCGUACCUAUGAAGAUAAAUCGUAAUUAAUUAUAAUUUUAUUUUUGGAAAGUAUAAUGAUACUAAAUGUAGCAAUAAAUUAUUAUUCUUCAGCAAAUUGUUUCUAUCUGGUCGCAUACUCGAAGUUAUUUGAGGUCUAAUGAUAACAUCUUGACCUUUGCAGUUGUUUACAAUACACUAAUUACAAGUGGAGUUGAAGAGUUGAUAUGUAUUUUCGUUGGUUAGAGCACAUUUAACCUAAUAUAGUGUGUUUUCUCUCUAACAACAACGAGAUUUGAAUUAAUUAAAACUUUACUUUAAAAUCUAUGUAUUUGGUCGGAAUUUCAAUGCCAUUUUGUUUAACAUAAACCAAAUAGUCGUGUUCCUGAAGUUUCCUUUGCGUUAUGACGUGGGUGAGGUUUCACACAAAAAGUGCGUAAAAAGGUAACUGUAACGCAUGGGCCUUAUAGGUGGUCAUAACGAUGACCACCUCUAAUGAAGUGGUUUGUCUGCUCGUUUUGCCUCCUACAC